AUGCAAUGCGCGUGCGCGCGCAAUAGAUUGAGUGAUACGGCCCCUCUCGCCCUCGUGCGCAGGCCCAAGCACGCGCACUGGACGAUCACGCCCGCGGCGGCCGCCGACGCUGAUGUCGACAUUCUCUCCGUCCAGAAGACGCAGCAGUGGGAGACUCCUCCCCAGGUCUGGGAGUACGUGUCCGCUCGAUGGGCGGUGGACUUUGACGCGUGCGCGUCGCCGAUCAAUGCGCUCGCGCCGCGGUACUCCACAGUGGACGACGACUUCCUUGCGCGCGAGGACUUAAAGGACAUCACCAUCUACUGCAACCCGCCGUACGCGCUCGACCGGUACGGCACCGGAAGCUGCGCCGCCAUCGAGCCGUUUGUGCGCAGACUGGUCGAGCUGGCGAGCACGCGAGGCUGCACGUGCAUCGCGCUCGUCCCGGUGCUCUCGCACCAGUUGUGGUUUCACACCUGCGUUACGGGCGCGGCGAGUGGCGGGCGCGCGGCUCAUGAGAUCCAUUGGGUGCAGGGGCUGCUCAAAUGGAACAACCCGUUCCAUGAGAGGGAGCCCGCGUCGCCCUACAUCUAUCCGUUUGCACUCUGUGUGUGGCGGCCGGGGGCGCCGCCGGAUCGUGCGCACGAGGUGGUCGCUUCACUCCCACGGCCGAGUGAUGACGUGAGCCGCUCCUUCCACUUCCGGCGGUGCCGGCGGCGUGGUUGCGGGAAGGUGCGGCUCCUCCCCCGCCACGUGGACCUCCUGCGCGCGUGA